GAAGGACGACCUUAAGAUUCUAUUUUUUUUUUUGGAAGUAAAGUUUAUUGUUUUGUCUCUUUCUUUCUUGUUCUUGUUUUGUUGCUGUUUGGAGUUUAAAGAUUUGUCAUAGUAUCAUUAGUCGAUUUUUUUCUUCUUUUGAUUUUGAUACGAUUCUAAAAAAUCCUCUCUUGCCUGCUUCUGCCAUCUGUUUGGAAUUUUAAUAUAUUUCUUUCUGAAUCUAUUUCUUGUGUGUUUUUGGUUAAAGAUGAGCUAAUUAUUAAAGUAUAAUCAGUAAUAUGAUCAUUUGCAAUAUGUAUUUGCAAGAAUCUCUUUGAAAGAAAUUGGAAUCUUUCUCCCCAAAUAUUCUUCUGGGAGCUUCAUAUAUCAAAGCUGAUUCAUCUUUGCUUAUAUAUAUAUAUAUAGCCAAGAUGGAUCAAAUGUCACCUGAUAACAUAACUGGAGUCAUUUUAGCAGUGUCUUCAAGUAUUUUUAUUGGUUCUAGCUUCAUCGUCAAGAAAAAAGGUCUCAAGAAGGCCGGCGCAAGCGGUGUCCGAGCAGGUGAAGGAGGGUAUGGAUAUUUAAAAGAACCAUGGUGGUGGGCUGGAAUGAUAACAAUGAUUGUUGGGGAAGUAGCCAACUUUGCAGCCUAUGCAUUUGCACCAGCUAUUCUGGUAACACCUUUGGGAGCUUUAAGUAUUAUAUUCAGCGCAGUGCUAGCGCAUUUUAUUUUGCAAGAGAAACUGCAUAUGUUUGGUAUACUUGGUUGCAUUCUCUGUGUUGUUGGGUCUACAACUAUAGUCUUACACGCACCACAUGAGCAGAAGAUUGAAUCAGUCAAGCAAAUAUGGCAGCUUGCUACUGAACCAGGUUUCCUUGUGUAUUCUGCCGUGAUCGUGAUUGUGGUAGCUAUACUGAUCUUCUACUAUGAACCGCGAUAUGGAAAGACUCAUAUGAUAGUAUAUGUUGGAAUCUGUUCCUUGAUGGGUUCUCUUACGGUUAUGAGUGUUAAAGCUGUGGCGAUUGCGAUAAAGCUAACGUUUUCGGGGACGAAUCAGUUCAUAUACUUCAACACUUGGAUUUUCAUUUUAGUAGUUGCGUUUUGUUGCCUUUUACAAAUCAACUACUUGAACAAGGCACUGGAUACAUUCAACACCGCGGUUAUUUCACCGGUUUACUACGUUAUGUUCACAACUUUCACCAUCAUAGCUAGUAUGAUCAUGUUCAAGGACUGGGCUUCUCAGAGUGGAUUGAAGAUUGCAACAGAGUUGUGUGGGUUUGUGACGAUUUUGUCAGGAACAUUUCUGCUUCACAAGACGAAAGACAUGGGAAACACUAACAGUGGAAGUGGUCGUGGAAGUGGUCGUGGAUCUGUCUCUAUGCCUAGAGAGACUCCUGUCUUUACCAACUCAGGAUCAGCUCGGAGCUCUAGCUCAGAUAAAAUACCCUCCUGAUCUAACUUAACGUCCAAGAUUCUCCACCAUUGUACGUACACGUGAGCACGAAACACUUGAAAGCAUAAAGGAUCGAUGUAUUUUUGAACACUUGUUUAGGAACUAUAUUCUUUUUAUUUUAUUUUUUGGUUUCUAUGAGAAUGUAAUUUUUCUAACUAAAGAGAAUUAAUGUUUUU